AGAUACGGUUUGGUUGGUGGCAAGAGGGCACUUGAAGAUGCCAACCUUGGACAUGAAGUUCUUGAUACUAUGGACAAAUCAAGAAUUGGAGUUUUGGUUGGAACAGGCAUGGGGGGCUUAACUGCUUUCACCACUGGGGUUGAAAAUCUUAUCCUAAAGGGAUACAAGAAGAUAUCUCCAUUCUUCAUUCCUUACUCUAUAACCAAUAUGGGGUCAGCAUUGUUAGCCAUAGAUACUGGCUUGAUGGGGCCCAAUUACUCCAUCUCUACUGCUUGUGCCACUGCCAACUACUGCUUCUUUGCGGCUGCAAACCACAUCAGAAGAGGUGAAGCAGAUAUCAUGGUGGUUGGUGGGAGUGAGGCUCCAAUCCUGCCCACUGGUGUUGGUGGGUUCAUAGCUUGCAGGGCUUUGUCUCAAAGAAAUGAAGAACCCCAGAAGGCCUCGAGACCGUGGGACAAAGAUCGUGAUGGUUUCGUCAUAGGAGAAGGAUGUGGUGUGCUGAUAAUGGAGAGCUUGGAAAGUGCAAUGAAAAGAGGAGCAAAGAUAAUAGCAGAAUACUUAGGAGGUGCCAUAACAUGUGAUGCUCAUCACAUGACUGAUCCUAGGCCAGAUGGCCUUGGGGUCUCAUCUUGCAUAACCAAGAGUUUACAAGAUGCUGGAGUUUCCCCUGAAGAGGUGAACUAUGUGAAUGCUCAUGCAACAUCAACUCUAGCUGGGGAUUUAGCUGAAGUCAAUGCAAUCAAGAAGGUCUUUAAGGACACAUCUGAGCUUAAGAUGAAUGGGACUAAGUCAAUGAUUGGACAUGGUCUUGGGGCUGCUGGUGGAUUGGAAGCAGUAGCAACCAUAAAAGCAAUCACCACUGGAUGGCUGCAUCCAACUAUCAAUCAAGAUAAUUUGGAGCCUGAUGUUACAAUUGACACAGUUCCAAAUGUAAAGAAGAAGCAUGAGGUCAAUGUUG